UUCGAUUCGACAAAAAAAAAAUACCAUGUAAUUAAUGAUACAUUGAAUUAGUCAGUCAUCCCGUAUUUGUUGCAAACAAAGAAAUAUGUUACGACGCAGUUGUUUACCUAAUGUCCGUUAUGUAAAUUGACGCAUUACAUUAAGUGUUUAGUGUUUUAUUAUAAUACCAUCAAUCAUGACAGCAGCCUUGGCUAACGAUUCGCCAAAAUAUCGGAACAGUCUGAUAUGCUGCAGCCCUCGGAGUGUGGAGGAAUCAAUAUCAUCAUCUUCCACGUCCGGUUGUGUAUCGGCAGACGAGAGCAUCGACUCCAAUUACAUUCCAAAAUCAAUUGCAAACAAAAAACUUAAAAUCCACAGUACAGCGACGCGCGAAGAGAUCGAAAAGGCGAUAAUCCAAUGCAAAGAGCUUGUUUUAAGCAGCCCCCAGUGCUCCGAUGAACGUAAAUGGUUAGUCCGAUAUUUAGUUGAACUAAGAUUACGACUUGAGGACUUAAAAGACUCAGAUGGACAAAUAAGAAGCAAAGUAACAAUUAAAGGACACCAUUUUGAGCAACAAACGAAUAUAAGCAAUAGAAAACAGUACUGUGAUCAUUGUAGUGGUGUUAUUUGGAGUAUUGUUCAAAGCUCUUACAUAUGCACUGACUGUGGAUAUGUGUGCCAUUAUAAAUGUGUUGAUGAUGUAUGUAGAGUGUGUGCCCAUGUUGUUAUGACAGAAAAAGGGCAGUUUGAAAUGCAUAUUUGCCCGGAAAAGGGACUCGCCGCCCAAGAUUAUAAGUGUGCUGAGUGCCAAACAACACUUACAUUUAAAGACUCGUGGAAUGAGCCUAGAUUGUGUGACUACACAGGCAUGUAUUUCUGUACUACAUGUCAUUGGAAUGAUCUAUUGGCUAUACCUGCAAGAGUUAUACAUAAUUGGGAUUGGGACAAGCGAAGUGUAUCUCGGAUUGCUUAUCAAAUGCUGUCUAUAUCUUGGACGCGGCCAUAUGUAGAUGUUGAGAAUGUUAAUUGCAAAUUGUUUAGCUUCAUAGCUGAACUGGAAUGGGUGCACAAAAUGCGCAAAGACCUUGAAUGGAUGAAGAGAUAUUUAUGUGCUUGUCCUGAAGGUACAAGUCUCCUGUCACCACUAUUUGUACAACUUGGAGAUGUGAAUAAGAAGUACAGUAUGUCCCACUUACAAGCGAUCAAUGAUGGAAGUUUAGAAACACAGCUGACUGAGUUGACAGAGAUUUGUAGAGCUCAUAUAACAAAGUGUCCAUUAUGUUCCGGUAAAGGUUAUUUAUGUGAAGUGUGCAGCAAUAAUGAGGUUAUAUAUCCCUUUGAUAGUGGGGCAAUAAUGUGUGAUAGAUGCAACUCGAUGUACCAUCAGGUUUGUUGGCUUCGUAAAGCUCAGAAAUGCUUGAAAUGCGUACGUAUUGAUGAAAGGAAGAAACUUGUAGAAGACGAUGUUGAUGCAAAUUUGGAGUAUGAUAUUGAUAAGUUUGUUCAGUAGUUAUGGCUAUCAAUUAUGACUAAUAAAUUAACAAUUCAGUUUUGAUUCAUAAAUAUUGAUUAUUUUGGAUUCGGCUACCUCAUUUGUUAAAUUUAUUGUUAUAAAUGUAGAAAUUAUUAAUAGUUUAUCAGUCAUCACCAAUAACCUCAUUUUAGUUUACAUAUCUUAUAUUUCAAAAUAGUUUGUCUAGUUCAAGGACUUGUUUUUGUAACGUUGGGACACAAAAAUUAACAAUUACACUUUAUAAACAUUUUAAGAGACAACGAAAUUGUAUUUUUAAUUAGAAUUUGAAUAAUAAUACUUCAAUUCAAUUCAUCUGGCUAACAGCGAUUUUAUCUUCUCACUGUUUAAUAAAAAUUUCUAGAAUGUUGUAUAAGAUGUUAAGGAUUUACAAUGCAAUAUAAAGAAUGCAACGUGAUCGAAUGUUUCUCAUAUGAUAUAUUUCUGCAUACUUUUGUCUUUUGAAUUCAAAAAUGCUUAAGCAAUUGGUGCUGUUAGCAUAAGCUGUGUUUGUUUUUAAGCCUAAUGCAUUCACGCACUUUGAUAAAACUAUUGUAACAUAUUAGAUUUAUUCGUGGGGUAAUAGUGUUGAAAUGCCUUCAUUUUGGCAGCCCCUCGCUGACUAAGGUGAUAAGCACUUGAGAUGUAAGCAAUUGAUGCAAAGUGCCACAUUAAAUUUAGUGUAAUGAACGCUUUAAUAAAUGUAACAUUAUUUGACUAACAUACAUUUUAAUUUAAACGUUUGAAAGGGACUUUGUUUAGGUAAGAAUUUUAUCUUGAUUUUGGUGAUACAUUAUGUACUAUCAUAAUCGUGUCUUAAAUAACAAUAUACUAACACAUUAAAAGCAAAAAACUUAAUGGCUUUUCUUUGUAUGUAUACAAUUUGACAAUAAGUUAUUGCUAUUUGACAAAUAUUAAACAUGAAGAAUA